CCUCUAACUCAUUACGUUUGUUACUCUUUUGAACAUCGCUAUUACGCUGCAAUACCGCCCUCCACCAUGUGUGCAAGCCUUAUUCGCAAGGAACUUGCCCGGCCUGCUUUGACGAAAAGAGUGCAACUGCCUUACUUGGUGCUUGGCUGCUCCCAAACCUUCAAUCCAACCUCUCCAAACAACCCGCACCACCCCCCUCUCCGACCUCUCCAAACCCACCAAACUCCAACAACUCCACUACCGCCCCCCCUCCUCCGUCGCCACCCACCUCCUCUCCACCCUCCCUCCAUUUCUCGACUACAACGCCCGUCUCAGCCAAAAUAUGGCCAGAUUCCUACUAAAACACCAACAUUUCGUCUAUAUUCCAGGCUUGGGCGUCUCUACAAGGCGAACUGGUACUGUGACUGUGGCCUUCAAGCUACCUGGGAAAGAGUAAACAAGUGUGGCCCCAGCAAAGGCAAAAGGUUUCUUAGAUGUCCAAAACACAUCGGUAAACAAUGCCCGUUUAUUCUCUGGGAAGAACACGAGGCUAUAGCAAAAAAGUGGUUCAAGUGUUCAAGGCCGCUAUAGAGGUGGAGGAAUCAGAUUGUGUUGACCUCCUCGACUGUGCAGAGCUGGCUACUGCUUUCGAGACCCUCUAGCUGCUCCGUUGACUCCCAGCCUUGACGGCUGGGGAUGUCGCGGCUCCCAAGGCGUCGCGGCGGAAUUAUCAAAAUUCCCUACGGACUUUUUUUACGUACUGUUAUAAAUGCCGUAUACAUCUAUCCUCUGCACG